AUGGAUCGUUUAGAAAUCCAGACAUCCGGAAAGCCCACAGAAGCCACGACAAAGAACGCCGAUGUCGAGAUGAGCACGGUUCUAACGGAGCAUUCUGGGACUAUAGAGAGCAUCAACCCCUACGGCGCACAGCUGCGACAGCCACUACAGAAGAACUUCAGCAUCAUCUCACUAUCUGGUAUUGGCCUCGUCGUUGGCAAUGUCUGGCCAGCUCUCGCAGGCUCACUUGCAACAUCGAUCUUCAAUGGGGGGCCCUCUGGGGCCAUAUACGAGUUCUUUGCGGCCUCACUCUGUUAUUUCGCAGUGGCUGCGGUGAUAGCAGAGCUUGCGUCUUCCCUGCCAUCCUCGGCGGGUGUCCAUCUGUGGGCGUCUGUUAUGUCCGGUCCGAAAUAUGGCAGACUCGUUGGAUACCUCGCCGGCUACUGGAAUUGCUUUGCCUGGAUCUUUGCCGCUGCUUCUGUGUCGGCAAUUGCGAGCAACCUUUGUCUCGAGAUACACGCUUACCUACACCCUGAGUUUGAGGUCAAGCGAUGGCAUACACUCCUUGGCUACCUGUUGCUCAACUGGGUGGCAUGCGGACUUGUCACCAUGGCCAACAAAGCGGUACCACGACUCAACAUCGUUGGACUACUCGUCCUACUGAUAGGUGGCAUCGCCACCAUCGUCGUUUGUGCCGCCAUGCUGGAUACAAAUGCCGCAUCAGCCAAGCACCAAAGUGUCUGGGCCAGUUGGGAAGCACACAUCGGCUACCCAGAUGGGUUUGUCUUUGUGGCAGGCAUGUUGAACGGUGCCUUCGCCAUGGGUACGCCGGACGCCACGACACAUCUCGCGGAGGAGAUUCCGAACCCGGAGAUCAAUGUUCCAAAGGCCAUCGCCUCUCAAUAUCUCCUUGGAUUCGUCUCGGCAUUCGCCUACUUGAUCACCAUUCUCUACUCCAUCACUGACUAUGACGCAUUGCUGAGCGCCUCAUUUCCCAUAGCGGAGAUUUACUCUCAAGCGACGCGAAGAUCCGAUGCGGGGACGACUGUACUCAUGGUCCUAAUCCUCUUGUCGAUGAUCCUAUGUACUAUAAGUCUCCAUAUCACCUUUGGACGUACACUGUGGACGUUAGCACGAGUGAAUGCUACUCCCUUCCCAAAGACCCUCGGCCGAGUAAGUACUUCGAAACACAUGCCCGUCGCCGCGACCGUAACUGGAACAGUGGUAGUCAGCUUGAUCGGCAUCAUCUACCUCUUCAGCUCUUCAGCAUUCAACAGCUUCGUGGCCAGCUUCAUUCUGCUGUCCUCAUCAUCUUAUAUCGCGGUGGCGGUACCGUACCUCGCACAGCGCUCGAGCAAGAAAGUUGAGCCAGGUCCCUUCUUUAUCAAGGGUGUGUUUGGGUAUGCUGUGCACUUCCUCGCGUGUGCGUAUAUGGUGGUGUGGUUUGUGAUAUACUGUUUCCCGUACUCGCUGCCGACUGAUGCUGUGAGUAUGAACUAUACCUCUUUGAUCUGGGGGGGUAUUACCAUCUUUGCAGGAGUAUGGUGGGUGUUCGAUGCGAGAAAGAGAUGCGUGUGGCCGGCGAGGAUUACUGAUGACUAG